CCCCAGCAUCAGAGAGUGGAGUGGAAACAGGAAGAGGAGGCGAGGGGGGAAAGAAAGGAGACAGAGGAGAGGAUCGGGUGAGACAAGGUGGCGAGGAGUGAAAGAAAGGGAGGAAUAAGGGGAGAAGAAGGGCUGCCUGGACCAAAGAGAGAAGAGAGAGAGAGGAAGAAAAAAAAAACCAGGAGAGUUCACAGCUAUUUAAAGGGAUCUGAAACUGCACCGAUCUGGAGUCUUUCUAUUCCCGUCUGAUAGCAACAUCACUGCAAGACUGUCUCUUGCGCUCACGUGUGAAGUGGAGGGACCUCUAAACACCGACCAAGACUGGCUGCAUGUAUCACCCAGCGGAGCUCUACUCUGGCCGGAACACAUGGGUCCCCUACCCAGCCGGAGGACCUAACAGAGGACAAUGGCCGCCUGUGAACCGCCGUCCCUGGAGCCACACACAGCGAUGCCAAGAAGGGCGCAACCAGUCACAUCAUUCACUAUCAAGCCGUAUGUAUAACAGAGGGGACAGAUCAGUCAACCAUGCCCAUGAUAAGGGCAUCUCAAAGGGCCAUCGACAGCUGGAAAGGAUUUGGGAUGGUAAAGAGCAGCAAUUUGUCGGCCCCGGCUGGCAUCACAACUCCCCACGCUCAUUCACCAACCAAAGCGGUACUAAUGGUUAUCCGACGGGACCCGGACAGAGCUAUGACGACUGGCAGUAUAAUCAAGGGGAUCCUCGGUUGAAUCGCGGUAGCAAAGAGUUGCCGUCCCCGACGGAGAGAUGGGGUGCGUCAGACCACCACAGGAGCUUCACGGGCAGAAUGGCAAACAACAGGCACGGACCUUGGAAACAUCCAACCCCCCACCAGCGGAGAGAGCAGCUGCUCCAUCACAGCCCACCCCCACAGUACCAUCUAACUUCGAGGAACGGAUGUCCACCCAAAAGGAAAAGAGACUCGGACCCUGAUCAGUCAUCUCAUCUUGGGUCAAGGCAUGUAUCUCCACCUGCCCAUGCCCCAUCGUUGCCCAGCCACUACCGUUGCAACCAAGAUGACAGACCGGGUCCCUGCCAUCGCUCUGAACACAGGACCUCAGCAUCACAUCAACAGGAAACCUCUGAAGUGCGGAUGGGAGGUCAUGGGGUUAGUAGCUCAGAACCUCCCAACCAGAGUCUUGGCAGCAGACCACCACAUUAUGGUCACAAAGGGAAGGUCGAAGGCAAAAUCUCAGCUUCACCAGCAGACCACACCCGUGUGCCUUACAGCCAGCAAAAUCAUCACUACCACCAUCAGCGGCACACAAGCCAACAGAAAGUUCCACAGCACAACAAAUCGCCACACCCCCUGGAGGAAAAGGACUUACGGAGUCAUCAUCACAAGCAAAGCACAGAAAACAAGCGCUCUCAUUCAAGGAUCAAUUCAAAGGAUUCAGCCCUCUGCAAAAACUCUGGUGCCGCCAGUUCCCCCUGUUCAUCCCCUGUCUGCAGUCCUAAAGACGGUCGUUCCACUUCCAGCAGUCCCGGUGCUCCCUCCAGUCCGUCCUCAUUCACCAUGACCAGCUGCAGGAAAGAUUCAGCAGACGUUCAACCACGCCCUCUCAACGAACAGCAGAAAUCCCACGCGAGUCCCAGUCACAUCCACAGACCUAGCCUGACAUCCACCGCAUCACAUGUGUCUCGUUCCGGCUCGAAAUCCAGGUUUUCAGAUCCCAAACACAGGAAGACCUCAGUCUGUUCACGACAAUCUCCUGUCGCCAGGCCAAGACCGAGCAAGCCUGAGAAAGGGACGGAGGAUCUCAGAAAAACCGAGAGCAAACACAAGAACAAGCUCAUGAAAAAGGAGAAACGGAGUGAAGUCGCAAAUGGAAAUGACGAGGAAAGAAAAAGAAGGAAGAAAAGAGAAGAGAAAAGCAUGGAUGAAAAGAAAAGAAAGAGAGAUAAAUCACUUAAAAAGGACAGAAAGUUGCGUUUGAAAUUAAAAAAGAUUAAAAAGGAAAAACUUUCUUCCUGCUCCGCUUUCCCUCUUCCAGAAAAUGGCAGAAUGAGCGAAGCGGAGACAACAUCUCUGUCAGCAGAUGAUCAAAGCCAGUCACCCCUAAAACACAAGAUCAGGGAGAGGAGUGAACAAGUCAAAGGAACACUGGACAAGUCGUCCACUGAAACCCCUAAUGCUAACUGCACUUCCCAGCAUCCACCUUCAAAGUCCAGACAAAUUCUUGAAGAGAGCAGUUUUCCCACAGAAGUACCAAAAAAUGGACACGCCACAGACUCUAUAUCAGACUCUGUCAGUCUCCCUCAGAGCAGGAAUGACACGUCGUAUUCAGAAGAUGGACCAAAAUUCAACUCUGUUCAAAUAUUCCCUUCAAUCUUACUCAAUGCCUCAGCGGCUCUCAGCAGCAUGUGCUCCAUCGGGUCAAACCAGGCACUUCAUGGCAAAGAAGAGAAGAAGGUGGGAGUUCUCAAUGCUCCAGACCUUCAGCCCGAGGCUGUGCUGGGUAAUCUCAGUGACACGGGGGACAACCAUGCAAACACUCCCCCCGUGCUCAGCUGGCAGGGCUCCCCUGUUUCAGAUUUUGAAGAAGACGAGGAAGAGCUCAAGAAGGGUGUAAUAAGUAGACCUGUUCUGCAGCCCAGCCCCACUCAGUGCUUGUCUCCUCUCCCUGUAGAUAGUGAAUGCAACGACGAUUUGGAUCCUUGUAACAGUGAAUCCAACGGCUAUUCCCACGACAGCCCAUCCGAGUUCUGUGAUUCACCUUGUGAAAUCCAAGAAGUUGUCAAGGAAGACAAGGAAGAGCAGGCAAGCAGGAAAACGGCUGGCUUGCUCCUCAAUGAGCUCCAUCAGCAUAAGGCGGGGUUGGAUGAUGUCUUCAAGAGCCUGGCCACCUUCCUCGAAGGCCAGAGGGCGUCAUGCCGCGGUGGUCCUUUUGGAGGGGCCUCUUCUAGAGGGGUAAAGUACUCAUCGUCCUUAACAGUGGCGUCCCAGAUUCACUGUGAUGAGAAUCAAGAUCCUUCCCGCAAAUCGACUCCCACGGCCUUCUGCGAGUCUAAUAGUCAGUCACCUCCGGAUGCUACCUCGGACUCACUUUUAAAGUUCCACGGUCUGCCAUAUCGAAAAGAUCCGGUCGCUCAUCCCAAGGUGCAGGAGAAGCAGGAAGAGACUGAGAGCUCCUCAGAUGACAACCAGACGGGAAAGAAUAAAGAGAACCUCCGGGAGAGAACGGAGGGCUCUCUGAGUGCAGAGUUGAGAGUGACCACGACUCAUACAGCCUCGUUCACCAGUGUCAUUACCGUCUCCACCAAGGAAGGGAGAGAAAACAGGAAAAAGUCCAAGCACGCCGCUGCAAAGAGGAAGAGAAAGCAUAAGGAUGAAGGAAGAGACGGAAUCAUAAAGAAGAAGCUAAAGAAAAAGGAAAGGAAGGUCAAAACUAAAGCGAGUCAUAUAAAGGAUGUGCACAAGAUGGAUUUUUCCUCCUCAGUAUCAGUCAUUUCCAAAAGCUCCACCAGACCUCUCGCAGACAGUAUGAAAGGCCAAAUUCCUCAGGAAAAUCAAACAGCAUAUGGCAAAGACAUUAAGAGGGUCAAAUUGGACACUGGGGACACCAAUGUAAAGAUGGAAGUCAGUGAGGUAGGAAAGAAGGCAACCACAGACACCAACACCUCAAACACAGGAACCUCAGCUGUAAGAAUCAGUACAUCAGGUCAGUCAGGUGCUAACACGCCGGCGAGCAAACCCCCCUGCUCCAAUGGUCCAGUGGACCCCCUGAAACUUAAAGCAUUGUCCAUGGGCUUGGAGCUUAAGGAGCUAAAGGUUGUCCUGGUCAAAAUGGAAAGUGCUGGAAGACAAACGUUUAACAUAUCAGAGCUGGAGGAACAAAGGAUCCCAAUGUCCAAGCUCAGCAUUGAAAACACAGCGUUUGAAGUGGUCAGAGCAUGCAAGGGGGCAAGAGUGGAGGGGAAAUUCAAGGAGUCUUACCUCCUUCCCUCGUUCUGUGUAAAACCUAAAAUUGCAAUUGACAUUCCCAUUCCACGCGAAAAGCUGAACCCGCCCACGCCGAGCAUUUAUCUGGAGAGCAAGAGGGAUGCCUUCUCUCCUGUUCUGCUUCAGUUCUGCACAGAUUCCAAAAAUGCUGUAACGGUCAUCCGAGGCUUGGCUGGCUCCCUCCGCCUUAAUCUGGGUCUGUUUUCCACCAAGUCGCUGGUGGAGGCCAAUUCAGACCAUGCUGUGGAAGUGAGAACUCAGGUUCAGCAGCCUGCUGAUGAGAACUGGAACCUGAACGGCUCUGCACAAACAUGGCCCUGCGAAAGCAGUCGAUCUCACACCACUAUUGCCAAAUACGCCCAGUACCAAGCCUCCAGCUUUCAAGAGAGCCUAGAGGAGGAGAAGGAAAGCGAGAAUGAGGAAGAAGAGGAGGAAGAAGAGAAAACCUCAGACUCGUUAGCAACCACAAAAGCUGCUCUGGCGUUACCCAGCAGUAAAGUCAAUCCCAGCUCAACGACAAAUAAAGCCAACUCAACUUCUUUCGUCAAAGCCCAGCUGGCUAAUUCCAUCAGCACUCCCAGCCCAGAGCAGAAAGCAGUCGGAAAGAUCAUUAAAUUCGGGACCAACAUUGAUCUCUCUGACCCUAAAAGGUGGAAGCCCCAGCUGCAGGAGCUUCUGAAGCUCCCUGCUUUCAUGCGAGUGGAAUCCACCAACAACAUGCUCAGUCUCGUCGGUCACACCAUCCUGGGCAUGAACUCCGUGCAGCUGUACAUGAAGGUUCCAGGCAGCCGCACUCCAGGGCAUCAAGAGAACAACAACUUCUGCUCCGUCAACAUUAAUAUCGGGCCUGGAGACUGUGAGUGGUUUGCAGUCCAUGAACACUACUGGGACGCCAUAAACAAAUUCUGUGACAAGCAUGGAGUAGACUACCUUACGGGGUCCUGGUGGCCGGUCCUGGAGGAUCUCUACAGCUCCAACAUCCCUGUGUACCGCUUCAUCCAGAGACCGGGGGAUCUGGUGUGGAUCAAUGCCGGGACUGUUCACUGGGUUCAAGCUGUGGGCUGGUGCAACAACAUAGCCUGGAAUGUGGGGCCUCUCAAUGCAUACCAAUAUCAGCUCGCCCUGGAGCGCUUUGAGUGGAACGAGGUGAAGAAGGUGAAGUCCAUCGUUCCCAUGAUCCACGUUUCAUGGAAUGUGGCCCGCACCAUCAAGAUCACAGACGAGGACACCUUCAAGAUGAUCAAACACUGCCUCAUGCAGUCAAUCAAGCACAUCCAGAUUCUGAGAGACCAGCUGGUGGCUGCAGGAAAGAAAAUCUUUUACCAGAGCCGUGUGAAGGAUGAGCCCGCCUAUUACUGUAACGAGUGUGAUGUGGAGGUGUUUAAUCUGCUGUUAGUAACCAGUGAGAACAGCAGUAAGAAGACCUACGUGGUGCACUGUGAGGACUGCGCUCGAGCUAAGAGCUCAUCCCUGGCGGGGGUUGUGGUGCUGGAACAGUAUCGGAUGGAGGAGCUGAUGAAGAUCUACGACAGUUUUGUUCUGACCCCUCCGCCUCCUUCAAAGUGAGGACUCCACCACCUUUCUCAGCCAUAACCAAAACUCUAACGGCAGCACAAAAGUUGUCUCCGCAGCGGCCCGCUUCAGCAAACGCUCUCUCAAUCAGCCAAUCCAGUUUACUCAGUAUUGUUUACAUCACACAAUAAGGUUUGGAUACUCAGCCAAUCCAACUCUAGCUCACCGUCUUCCCCAUGCCAGCUGCAGAUUGGACGUGUGUUUUGAAAUAGAAUGACUAGACUGGUUUUUUCUCACAAAAAGCAUUUAAUAUGAGUUUAAAAAAAAAUUGUGAGCACUGAUACCACUGAAAAUCAGGUUAUAUAUGUUCAACGGACACUGCUGUGAUUCAAAAGCGUCUAGUAGCCGGUUCUAUGUAUUGAUUCAGGUACUUUUAUGCAAAUUCAGUAGAACUUUUGUACACCAAUCUAGUUAUUCUAAAUGUCCAUGAAUUUGCUGUGAUUCUAUUGUACCAGCAGGGGAAGUAGCUGAUUGUCACGUUCGGCAUGGUGUUGGUUUCUGUUUUUAAUUGUUUUGUUGCGGUAUUCAGGUAAACUGAUCUUUGUAAUUCCUGUAUGUAAACUCUUUGAGGUGCUAUACCAAUCCUAUUUAUUCUCAUUAGAUACUUACAAAGUUUUACCAGCCUAGAAGUACACCACAUUGGCCUUGUGAACAGUAUUUAGAGGUAAUUAGCUGACGAAACACAUACAAAUGAGGUUUUUACGUAAGUUCUAGCAAAUGAAAUUAAAAUCUUUCUCAGUUUCUCUAAAAUACGGGUUUACUCGAGGACUAAUAUGGCUUCACUCUUAGUUGGAAAUCAGCUGUGAGGAGGUAGAAUUGGACUUUUUAUUGUGUUCGCUUUUUAACAAGUCUAGCAAAAAUGAUGGCUAUCGAGAUUUGUAUGAUACACACCAAGAAAACCGACAUGCGGUCGUCAUUUUUACUUUUUAAUGGGGAAUAUAAGAGUCCCAGUUUUAUACCUCUUUUACUGAAAUGUUAUUGUUUGUAGGUAACAGAGAAAAUAAAGAAUUGUAAAUUGUGAAUGAACUUAUGGGAGACACAGUGGUGUGCAUAGACGGAGACAAAGAGCAGGAGAUGGGGAGGGGUUAAACAUUGAUGUUUAUAUGAGUGAAAUGAAACUUAAAGUAAGAUGUGCAAAUAUAUAACUAAUCGUAAUCUUCUAAUGCAAAAACCCGGAAAUGCCAAACUGAAGAACAGAUCCUGAUUUUCCAUCCUGGCCUGUACCUCUGACCUGGUGAAAUUCAGCUCCACGCACUGCCAAAAGCUAGAUUUACUCAGAUGUAAUUAUUUAAUCAACAAUAAUUUGUUGCUCUCUUUUAAUCUAAAGUUCUGACUUGCAUGGUAUAAUUACUGCCAUUACACAUUAGUAUCAGUUUGUAGGUGGUUGAGGAGAAUAAACAGCCCUAGCUAAAUGAAAUGCAGAUGAGGUUGAAUUAGGCCUGAUGGUAGAUAUAUUCAGGAUUUUAACCAAAGGAAGAUUAUUUACACUAAAUCAAAUCUAUUUAGAAAUGUCAAUCUUUGAUCACUUAAAUGGAUAGUAGUAAAGAUUUCUCCCUUUCCUUUACGUAACACAGUUUUGUUUUUCUAUUCACAAUGUCUAGACUAAGAAUUUUUAUUUUUACUUUUUUUUUGUAAUUCAAAACCUGUUCAAGUCAAUUAAGGUUAGGCAUUUGCCAACUUAGUUCCAGUUCCAUAUUGCAGUCUCUCAGUUCAGGUUUUCUUGGCAGUGACGGACAUUCUGUCCAAAUCUGUGUUUCCAAUGGUCGGCAUCUAUUUAACUCUCCAACAUGGGCCGGACAGCCACAAACUUUCUAGUUUGUUUCUCAAGACAUGACUCGACACACACAGCUGCUGUCUUUAACAAACUCCUCCUGUUGGCCCCUGGUGACUGUUUUCAGGCGUCGCAGCCUAUUGAUGUGCUAAGCUAAGGUUAGCAAGUUUGCUCUCUGUUUAUGUAUGACUUGUUGAUCAUUUUUGGCUCGUAACAUACACCAGUGCAGUUCCAUUUAGUCUAUUUAAUCAUGCUUGGACAAGACUUGCACAAUACCUUCUCCUUCAUAAAUAUAUUGACUUCAGUGUCUCAUGGCCACAAUCCCUGUACGCACCAGAGCAGCUCAGAUGGCAGCAGCCAGUACAGUCAGUUUUUUGUUGUGAACAUCUGUGUAAAUGGUGUCAAAAAGCAUUUGUUAUGGACAACCUAAAUUCCUUAAUGAAGUUUUACAAGCCGUGCACACACAAAAAAAAGGCUGUGAUUUUUUUUGUUUCCCAACACUGGCCAUGAUAAAUGAGGUUACACAGAUCUCUAGUAAACACUAUGGAUGUAGCAAGGAUAAGAAGGAUACAAAGUUGAGUGUAAUCAGGGACCUGAUUUAUACCAUCUGUUUAUCGGAACUAGUACAGAAAUAUCAGAGUAUUGCAAAUCAAGAUGAUUUCAAGAUAAACACGUCUUCUUGUUUUGUGAUUACAAAAAGGUAAAUGUGACGUGAGCAAUGAUUCGUCUUUUUUGUUUUUUUGUUUUUAAAAUCCAUUGGAAACUCAGCUUGUUGGUGCUCUCUGACCGUGUUUGAACAUGCUCUUAAAUGGUUGGUAUUGUGCAUAUUGAUACAAAGACCCAAGUAUGUGAAGGAAGAUUCAUUUACUCACAGAACUGGAAUUAGUAUAUUGCAAUGGAGGAGUGGUAUCACUGGUAUAAUAACGAUUAUGAUGACCUGCCCUCAAAUGCCAUGCUUCAGGGCCCAGCUCUGACCUCAUCAGUCCGUGCACACCAUUUUCUGUACAUACUUUAUAUGCUUCAGGAUCAUUAGAACACGUGUAAUUUUGUUUUGAAUUAAAAAAAAAAGAAUCGGCUUUCUUGAUGUCAUUUGGUUGCUGUUGUUUUGGUUUUUAGUUGGUAUAUUCUAAUACAUGCUGAAAAUAUCCUGUUUCACUCUAGUUUAAAGUACUGCGAUGGGAAAGUUCCUCCUACUUUUAUACCUCUUUUUGUUGUCGUUUUUUUUGUUAUUCUGUUUUUCUUUUUUUUUUUGGAUAAUCAAGAAAAUGAUAAAUUGUAAAUGGUGACAUUAUUUAUACUGUAAAUGGUGGUUUGCUUAUAUAUUUAUUGCAUAUCAAAGGAUACUUCACUUGAUAAGGGGCUACAAGGUAUUUUAAAAGUGUAGUAUGGUCAUAGUGUGUGGAUAGGGGAAGUGCAAUCAGGGGGGCAGUUUAAUAUUCAUGGUGCUAGACCCCUACUUGCCUCGGUGCCCCCUCAUCAAACAGCAUAUAUUGUAUGGACAUAAGAUUCAACUCAACUCCACCAUCUGGUGCUUAGAACCAUUUCAGUUUACUGGAAAUUGAAUGAUGUCUUUGUACUGUAACUAAGAGAACAAUACAAGAUUUUUUUUCUUUUGUACUUUACUUCCAUUGUAUGAAAUGCAUAAUCUCGUGUGGCAUUAGUGGUUUUAUGAUAAGCAUUAGCUGUAGUUGUUAACUCUUGACACUUUUACAGAGACUCUUAGGGAUGUGACUUUUAUUGGCUUCGAGGUUCCUGGUGUCUUGUCCUCAUUAGUACUUUUUGGAGGAUGUAACGAUGCUCUUUUUUUUUUCUCUCCCUUUUCACUUGUUUGAUUUAUGCUGCACUCACUGUUUCCAAAAGAAGUCACUUAGAAGAAAACCUGAGCCAGACCUGUCUUAAUUCCUCUGUGAUUUUUCUGUGACAUACUGUAUUGUUGUUCAAGAAAUUAAAAAAAAAAAAGUUUUGAUAAACCAUGCA